AUGAGAUUAUCAUAACAACCUACCAUAAGCUAAUAAACCUUUAGUUUUGGUCCAGCCAACUCAUUCAUUUAAAGGGCAUAAUAAACUUAGCCAAUCAUUCGAGUAAAUUAACCGUGUUUCCGAGUCUAUACUUAACCUAUGCAAAAUAAGAGAUAAUCUAAGAGCCCCUUCAAAAGAGGAUAUGAUACUUAGGAAGAAAACAGAACUUUGAAAAUGUACAUAUAAUAAAUGGAGCAAACAUUGGCAAAUCUCCAGCAGAACAAUAAAAGACUCUUGCUCUAAUAAUAAUUAAAAGAAAAUUCUCAUUAAAGAGAUGAAAUUCAGAAACUUAAAACCGAAAUAUCCACUGAACUUGCAGAAAGAGCAUAUCUAGAAAAGGUUUGUUAGAAAUUAUGA